UAAGCUUUGAAGUGGCACGAGCGCUUCCCCCUCGGCUCCAACGGUCGCUCCCCAGCCCCUCCGCUUCCCGCCCCCGCCCUUUUGCCCCACUGUGGCUCAAUGAUUUAUGUUUGUCGGGGAAGAGGGAGGAGGGGUGAAACUCCCGCCGGUGCCAUAAAUUCCACCUUUGAACCGCCAUUUGCUACAUAAUGUCCGAAAAAUAAAUUAAUUCCUGUCAGCUGGUUAAUAUUUUUCAUCCCCCACCUCCCCCAACCCUGGACUUUCUCCUCAAAUCUUGACUGAAAAAUGUGAUUUUUGUAGUGGGCGAGAGAGCUCAAGGAUUGUUUUAAAUAAUCAUUUCCCUCAUACUUUUAAAAGUUAAGUUUAAUUUGUCAGUUGCUGCCUGGUUUAACCAAAGAUCAGAAAAAGGCAAAUUCUGUCAAGUACACAGUUGACAAAAUAUCCUCACCACCCAGAUCUGCUCCCUACCUGUGAGUUUGUUGCUGGUCUGCUGGGAGAUUCUGAGGCCAAUCAGGCCUCCACCUUUCCUCUCAAUAAGUACUGGCAAGAUGUCAUAACUCCCUCAGAGGCACACUUGGGCACUAUGGCUUUUAUCCCCGGUGGGACAGGCACCCUAUUCUUGUUUCUCUUACUUGCUAGCUGUUUUAAUCUCACCCCAGGUCACAAGACUGCAUACCAGGUCAAAUUAACACAGAUUGACAGCUUUAAAACUGAUUUAAUGAAGUCAAGAAGAUCUAGACCUGAUAUUAUCAUAAUGCCAAAGGAAUCAGAGGAGGAAUUAUUGACAUCACAUAUGCACCAGAGCAAUGAAGAAGUUAAUGAAAUGAUGUCGAAGAUUCUGGGAGAUUUGGAACCAACAGAAUUAAUACUUAGGAAACAGUUACCUUUGAAGAAUCUUCAGGAGAUCAUUACUCAGAAAAAGCAAAAUACUUAUGUAGACUCUGAUGUUUCACAGAAGAUUAGGUGGGCUUCUGAAAAAAGGAGAAGAAUAUCUUUGGAAAAAAGGAGGAAAAGAUUUAUUUUAGCAAAGUCAAUACUAAGGGCCACAAGAAAUGACAGCUGGAUUUCCAGAAAAUACAAUAAAACACAAAUAUGUAUGAUAGAAAACAAACAGACCAGUAAAGGCAAACGGCAGGAACAAGAUAGGAAUAUAAAGUUUAGAAAUCAGAAACAAACACCUAAAUAUGUCAGAGGAUUAUAUCCCAGUGCUGGAAAAGCCAAAAAACAACAAACAUUAAAAUAUACUAAAAAUAUUAAGAACAGAAAAGCUAACUGGAGAAAAAAGAACUCAACAAGUAAUGCCAAGAAGGAGCAAAUGUUAGUACUGAAGGAAAGAAGAAAAAGAGAAAUAUACAUACAGAAAAGAGUAAAGGUUUUUAAAAAUCCAGUAGUUCACGAUAACUCAUCCAACUAUUUUACAGUUUAUGGUACACCAGUUACUGUUCAGAAUAAAUUAUCAAAAAGACUAAGGAGAAACCUAAUUGGUUUUAGAAGAAAUACAAGAGAAAGAUCUUUAAAUAAUUUCUUGCAGAAAUUUGGUGAUUUUCUUAAAUACCUUGCAAGACACAGAACAGUUGGUAAUGAAAAAGUUACAGGGAUUGAUAUUAGUCUUAAAAUAAAAAAAAAAACAAAUAAGUUUCAUGUUCCCAUGGGAACACAAAAACCAAACUUGAAAAUUCUAAUAUUAUCAAAAAGUACUGCUCAGCCUCCAGGAAUACUGUCCUUCCCAAAACAUAUGGGAAGAGCAGAAAAGAAAAGAAAGAUGUCACACAUGAACUCUUGGAAAACUCCUCAUUCUGUUUCUUUUAAAAAAAUAAAACAUAAUUCUGAGCAUAAAUUCAGACUCAAUACAUUUAGAGCAAAUGAACAGAAUAGUGUUUUAAAAACCAAAGGAACAGAAACAGUAAAGCAGAUGAAGAAAAUAGAAAAGGGAAUGGCAGAAAGGCCUAGAGGCACAAAAUUAUAGCUUUUAUUCAAAGGUUUAAAAGAUAAACAGAUGAAAAAAAUCACUUUAUAAAAUUCACCACAAAAUAGUAAAUGUAGGGUUGAUUACUAGAAAAUCCCCAUUCACAGCAAAUUUGGAAGUACCAGAAUGAUGUCAACUCAUUUUAAGAGACAGAAGACAAGUAAUUGGCACAGAAAGGAAGCAAACACUGCUAGCCUAGUUACUCAUUUGAAGCUGUCAGAAACAGUAAAACACAUACCAAACAAUUCUAACAGCAGAUCAAAACAAAUGCAACUUGGCCACAUGCAUGAACUGCUAAGAGAACUAAAGAUAUUCAUUAGGAUUUUACUAUAGCAGAUGCUGAAGCAGGCACAGAAAAAUGUUAAGCAUUUGACCAAAACUUCUGCCAAAUCCCCCUCAGAAACUCCUUACCAUGCCUCAAUUUAAAAAAUUCUGGAAUAAAAAAAAUUCCUGUGAAACACAGACUAAAAUCUAAAAGUGUUGAGGUGAAAUAAAUUCUCAUAUUGCAAAUUGGGAGGAAAAAAGCAAAAUUAAACUCUAUAAAAAUAUCUUCAUCUCAAUUUUAGUCUCUAGGGGAGAAGGAAAAGAAACUUUGAAAAAGAUGUGGAUUUGAACUUUUUCUUUUCCUAGAAAAAAUCAUUAAUUUGUUUAAUAAAAAUUCUUCAAGCUAAUGUUAUUCAGUCAAAGUGAAUUCAAGUAUUUUACCACCAAAAUAAAAUACUAGAAGUUU